AUGGAGCAGAUUCAGCAAGAUCAAGUCGCCUUAAGAGAAGAGUUGGAUUCCCUCAAAGGAAAGAUUGACUAUAUUCUCGAAGCCAUAACUACGGCCAGAAAGGAGGAUGAACUGCGUGAAGUUGCUGCUGUCAACAACAAUGGUCAGGUGCAAGGGUCUACCUCAAGGCUCUCAGUUCCUAUUCCUAACCCCAUGACUUAUGGGAUGCCAAUGAACUUCACUACCACAAUUGAAGGAACCACUUCUCAACCAAUCCCAGCGCCUGGAGUUACUGUUGGAGCCAUCCCGCAAGCCCAACAUACUGUUGUUCAGAUCCUCGUUCCUCAUGCCGAAGAGAAUCUGUUGGAUCAGUAUGAUGAUCUAAAAAAUUAUCAUGCUACUAUCCCUACUUCCAUUCCUAUUGCUGCUCAAGAUUCUGAAGCUAUCAAGAUGUGUCGUGAUCUAGCUGAAAAAAUCCGAGUCAUGGAGGGGAACAAUUCAAAUUCUCUUAAUUCUUUGGAACUAUGUUUGGUGCCUAAUGUUGUCAUUCCUCCCAAGUUUAAAGCGCCGGAAUUCUCAAAGUACAAAGGCCUCAGUUUCCCAAAUAUACAUCUGAAGAUGUACUGUCACAAGAUGACUGCUUAUGCCAGGGAUGAAAAGCUGAUGAUUCAUUGCUUCCAAGAUAGCUUGUCUGGAGCAUCUCUCGAGUGGUAUAUACAGCUGGAGCAUAACAAUAUGCGUACUUGGGCUGAUCUAGCUGAUGCAUUUGUCAAGCAGUACAAAUACAACACUGACCUCGCUCCUAACUGUACUCAACUUCAGAGUAUGGCCCAGAAAGACAACAAAUCCUUCAAGGAGUACGUGCAACAAUGGAGAGAGCUAGCUGCAAGGAUGCAUCCACCUUUGGUUGACCGUGAACUGAUUGACAUUUUCAUGGGCACUUUGCAAGGCCAAUACUACGAUAAGUUGAUCGGUAGUAUGUCUAUUGGAUUCUCUGAAUUGGUGAUUAUCAGUGAGAGAAUUGAGGAAGGCCUGAAAAGUGGAAAGAUACAAGGAGGUUCUAAUAGCUAG